AUGAAUGAGGCAACAACAGAUGAUGUCUAUGCUUACGCCCUGUCUAAAACCCUGACAAAGGUUUCAUCACCCGCCACAGUGGGGCUGUACUCUUCGUGUCAAGAUCGGAUUAACACGAUCCUCAAACAAAUGGAAGAGCACAUGGACCGGGAGGCAUCAAAAAUUGAGCAGAAAUGUGAAGAAAGACCAAGGCCCCGAUCAGUUAAGCCGUCAUUGAUUGGCCUUCUGGCCCUCAUAGGCCGGUUGAUCUUCUACAGACCUGUCUGGACAAAGAAGAACCAGCGUCACCGCAACAUUAGGUUUAUUUAUGUGCAUUUCAGUGCUUGGCAUUUUGCAGGCAGUGACCUGCUGUGGGCUGGAAUAGCCAUACGACUGUUUCAGGCCAUGCAAAUGAGCUUUGGAAAAUUGCAGCUUGCGCUCUAUCGUGUGGUUCAAUACGAUGAAGAGGAAGAAAUCGAAGAAAGGGUUGUGAAAGAUGACACUGAUGACUGGAAUUCCAAGAAGAUCUGUUGUUUGCCCCUUUGGGUUCUCGCCCUUGGUAUCCUCAUCCUCCCAAUUAUCGUCCUGAUAUUCCUGGUGAUUUAUGGUUUUCCAGGCGCUGAAGUGGUCCCAGACAAGAAUAAACAAGAUGACAGUACGGAUGUCUUAAUGGGCCUGUUUGCUGCUUCGUUAGGAGUCCCAGUAGUGAGCACAAUGAAGUUUAUCUUUCAGAUGGCCAAGAACCUGAUCGUCAGCCAGGAUCGAAACAUUACGAAGGGGAUGGACAACGAUCGAAUCAGUAGCCAACUGGGCUUCAUGAACGAAGUCAGAAAGGAAAUAUGGAUGUUGUCCCGCUUCAUCCAGUUUAUGGAGGUGUUUGAGAGGAGGAGGAUUCGCAUCGUUCUGAAAAUCACUAAUUUGGACCGCUGCACCCCCAAGAAAAUCACAGCAGUUCUGGAAGCCAUCAAUAUUCUGCUUUCAGAUGAGGAGGGCCCAUUUAUUUCCAUCCUGGCAGCUAAUCCAGGUGUCAUUUUAGAGAAAGUGAACUUUGCAGAUGGUUGCUUCAGCAAAGAGGACAGGGCUUAUGCUCUCCUGAAUCGUAUAGUAACUUUAGCUUUCACUAUCCCACCUCUCAGUGACACAUCAAAGCGCUACUUAUUUCAUAGCAUCACUAAUGAUUCAAAAUUCCUCCGUCAUUCCCAAACUUCGGAGGCCAGUUGCAUAAAUAUGACAUCCUCAACAGACACACAUCUAUAUGAGGUUGCGUUUGAACCAAAUUCUUCGAUACCACUGAUCCAGGGAAGUACAGCAGCACUGGACGUAGAGGAGGACGAAGUGGAGAAUGUGGUGCGCGACAUCCUGUGCAGCAGCGAAAGGAAGAUAAACAAGUACAUGUUAGAUGACGCCAUCUCUAUGAGGAGGGUGAUCAACUCCGUGCGGGUGACUGUGAUAAUCAUGAAGGCCCUCAAGACAGAGCUUCCCAAACCAGAGAAUGUUGCAGCAUGGGUGGUCUUGGCAAAUCAGUGGCCCUGUCGACUCAGCUGGAUCAUCCAGUGUGUGGAGGAUGCCAAACAGAGAGCAGCUAUCGACGGAAAGAACGAGUAUAGGGAUCAGUCAAAGAGCCUGUGGGAGGUUUUCAACGAGUCCAGAGAGGAGCUGUAUGUGAUGAGCUCAGAGAUUGAGGACCUUCUGGAGCAGGACGGAGAUCCCGAGGUGUUUGAAGAAUUACUCAAGGAUAGGAAUUUUGAUUUCACCAUAAGCAGCUUGGAGAAAUUUCAAAAGGGGAUGGUGAAUCUGGAUCAGUCGAUCAGGAGGGAGCUGGGUCUCAUCAGGGGAGCAUCCAGGCUGAAAGGUUCUGGUUGGAUGAGGGAUCUAGCUCCACUACCAAUCACAGCAAUCAUCAAAAUGAGCACAGCUGAUGUAUGCAAAGAGAUGGAGAGGAUGGAAUAUGAUAGCAAGUACAUUGAUAUUGUGGAGAACAACAAGCUAAAUGGCUCUGCACUGGUUUUUGGUGAUGCAGAUGACCUUAAAGCUCUUCUGGGUAUGAACUUCGGAGAGUGGGCAACUUUCCGACUUCACUUUUUGAGCUUAACCGCACAUCACAGAUCCCAGUACAAGAACAAACUGAAAUCACAUCCUGACUCAAAGGAUCAGCUGUUAAACCUCCAACAUGCUGCCCACAACUACUCAUAUAAUCCCAACCUGGGCCACGGCUGCUAG